UAAACUGAGAGGCCGCGUCCGCCGCGUCUCGUCAUUCAUUCCAUUCUAUUUAUUUUGUUAUUGCGUAUCGCCCGUGCCGACCCGACGCCGGUAGUCGUGUCCAGUACUAGUGAGUUAUAACACGUUCGUUCGUUAGUGCAGUGAUUUAUAAAACAAUCCCAAGAUGUCUGGAUAUCCGUAUGGAAACCCGGGGCAGUACCCACCGCCUCAACCGCAGAUAUACCCUCAGAUAUAUAACUCUGUAAACGCCGCUGCUCCAAUACCGGGCCAACCUGGUUUUGGUCAGCCUUUCCAGCCGCAAUAUCAGCCAACAUUCGGAUACCCUUACCAACCGGGUCAGGGCCAGGGUCCGCCUGGACAGCCACAGACAUCACUGUCCUACCCCCCUACAGCUCCACCGGCGGUGCCAGGAUUUGGCUACAACACGGUUCCAACUCCUCCCUUUAGCGGCCCUUCUCCUUAUGGACCUGCUGUCGAAUGGGUUCCUACUAACCCGAACGAUGCUCAAGCGCUCAGUGAUCGCGCUGUAGUUGGUGGAUACGAGGGACAUGAUGGUAGCCCACUCUGGGUUAUCAGGGCCAGAUUUGAAGGCGAUCUGAUUCCUGGUAAAUUGGCUGUGAAACAUAGGGCCGCUUAUGUCCCCUGGGGUGGAAAUGAAAAUAGCGUCAAGAACAUUGAGGUAUGUUGCGCUCGCCCAGAGAGGAUCAGGUGGCAGGAGACUGGGGAUGGUAACAUUCCCCAAAAUGCUAUUGUAGCUGGUAACACUGCUAAUGGAGAGCCUCUGUACGUCGGCAGGGCUAGGGAGCAAGGAUCGUUGACACCUGGAAAGGUACAUCCCAGCCACAAAGUGCUGUACAUCUCAUUCGCCGGUAAAGAAGUACCCCACAAAGUAUAUGAAAUACUUUGCGCUGCAUAAAUAUAAAUGAAUGUUGUCUAUCAAUGUACACCGUAAAUUUUGUGUAAGAUUUUACAAUUAUACAUGUUUGUACUAGUUUUUAAAGAACAAGGAAAGUAUGAAGUCUGCUUUGUCGUAAGACAAUAAAAUGGUCUGAUAUUUCGCUAGAAGCUCAUUGAAUGAAUUUAUAUGGAUACGAAUGUUUAAAGAUCUAUGUACAUGUAAUAUAGGAGUCUCAAAUGUUUUCGGUUUUUUUUUGUUAUAUUUUUAUACUUUGUAAUAUUGUAUUUUAUUUGAGGUAGAUAUUAUUGUGAUUGUAUUUUUAAUGCUGUUUGUAAUUAGCAUUUACUCUUUGAUUAUGUGUACCGAUGUACUUAUUCCGAAUUAGUGAGGAAUAAAUGGAUGUUUCAAUCAA